GCCAGGGAAGCCACAGUAGGAGAAAGACCAUCUGCUGGUGACUCUCGAGGAGACAGUACAGCCGCCUGCCAAGAUGCUGCUGCUUCUGCUGUGUGUGGGGCUGACACUUGUCGGGGCCAACAAGAAAGUUGUGUGCAAUGUUGACAGAGACAACUUCGAUGUUUCAAAGGUUUCAGAAAAGUGGUAUUCUGUUCUCCUGGCCUCAGAUGUCAGGGAAAAAAUAGUUGAGGGCGGCAGCAUGCGGAUUUUUGUGGAAGAUAUGGAUGUGUUGCAGAAUGGUUCUCUGUAUUUGAACUAUCAUUUUAAGGAAAAUGGUGCUUGUUCCAAAUUCUCAAUGGUUUGUGACAGCACAGAUAAGAGUGGUUGCUUUCAAGUUGAGUAUGACGGACACAAUGAUUUUUGCAUCGUUGAAACAAAUUAUUGUGACUAUCUUAUGUUUCACCUGCGUAAUGAAAAACUCGGAGAACACUACCAAACAAUGGAGCUCUACUCUAGAACACCAGAUGCAUCUAGAAGACUCAAGAGAAGGUUCGAGAGAGAGUGUAUGAAAAGAGGAAUUCCUAAGGAAAACGUACUUGACCUGACCAAAGUUGAUCGUUGCAACCAGGACCGAGAAAGUGUCUAGGCCCAGCCCUCCAGUGCUUAGAGAACAUGUCCUCAUUCAAGCUCCAGGAUGUUCUCUGCUGUGGUCCCUAUUCACCUCCUGGUACUUGGUGUGACCUGCUUUCUGUCAGUCACACCGGAAGGCAUUAUCUUCUGGAUAUUUCCUAAUUGUCUAGAAGAUUCAUCGACUCAACAAGAAUCAAAAUUUUUCUUCAAAUUUCAAGCCUCUUAGCCAUUCUGAGAAGUCUCCCAUUAAUGAUCAAUAAAGAUGACCCCUGCACUCA